UUCUUUCUUCUAUCAACUUUCAUCUUGCAUUAGCAAUGGCCUCAGCAGCAGCAGUUGACAACUAUCAAGAAGAGAUCGUUCGCCCCGUCGCCAACUUCUCCCCUAGUCUUUGGGGUGAUCAGUUCCUUUCAUUCUCCUUUGAAAAUCAGAUUGCAGAAAAGUAUGCUCAAGAGAUUGAACCAUUGAAGGAACAAACAAGGAGUAUGUUAUUAGCUACUGGAAGUAAAUUGGCUGAUACGUUGAAUUUAAUUGACACUAUUGAACGCCUUGGCAUAGCCUACCACUUUGAGAAAGAAAUUGAUGAAAUUUUGGAUCAAAUUUACAACCAAAACUCAACCUUUGAUGAUUUGUGCACUUCUGCACUUCAAUUUCGAUUGCUCAGGCAACAUGGUUUCAACAUCUCUCCAGGUAAGUUCAUCAUGAAGCACAUACGCCUUUAA